AAAAAAAAACACAGUAGCUUCAAAAAAUUCAUCUUAUUCUCCGGCGAAGAUGCGAACCGGGAAGGGAAGCUUAGAGGAAGAAGACUACGGAGAAGACGAUUUCACCUCGAAACGCGAAGGCCCUUCUUCCAACAACAGUAACACCGCACCGAGCAGAGAUGUGAAGGAAAACGAUAAGGCUAGUGCCAUACGGUCUAAACAUUCAGUCACUGAGCAGCGUAGAAGAAGCAAAAUCAAUGAAAGGUUUCAGGUAUUGAGAGAAAUCAUUCCCAAUAGUGAACAGAAAAGAGAUACAGCUUCUUUCCUUUUAGAGGUGAUAGAUUAUGUUCAGUAUUUACAAGAGAAGGUGCAGAAGUAUGAAGGACCGUAUCCAGGAUGGAGUCAGGAACCUACAAAGUUGACUCCUUGGAGGAAUAAUCACUGGCGAGUUCAGAGUUUAGCAAACCAUCAAGUAGCUGUAAGUAAUGGGUCUGGUCCGGUGUUGCCAUUUCCAGGAAAGUUUGAAGAAAAUAUAGUGGCCUCUGCACCUGUUAAUGUUGCAGAAAUGCAAAACCCUGUUGAAUUUGACAAGGGGAGAGCUACAGUCUUCAAACCAAUAGAGAGUCAGUCUGAGUUAGAUGACAAGGAGUUACCGCCUGUACAACCAUUCUUUCCAUUUGUACACGGUGAACAAGGUAAUAGUGACUGCCCUGCAACGAGUGAUGGGCUAGGCCAAAGUAGUAAUAAUGAUAUGGCUAUUGAAGGUGGAACCAUUAGCAUCUCUACUGCCUACUCUCAUGAGUUAUUGAGCUCAUUAACACAAGCACUCCAAAACGCAGGCGUUGAUCUCUCCCAUGCUAAACUGUCUGUGCAGAUUGAUCUUGGGAAGAGAGCCAAUCAAGAACUAACACAUAAGAAUCCAUUAUCCUCUGAUAUUGAAGGCUCUACACGGUCAAGGAAUCCAAGUGUUGAGGGAGAAUCUGAACAUUCUUAUAAGCGGAUGAAAGCACUGUGACAUGGCUGCAAUAUAUUUAAAUGUAUUGACAGAUAUAUAUCUCUUUUGUGUAGAUUUGUUCGGCUUCUAGGGCCAUCAUAUUAUAUCGUUAAGGUUUAAAUUAUGGUUAGUAGUGUCUACUGGUUUUGAGUUUGUUAUCUCUGCAUCAUUCAUGUAACCUAUCAACUAUUGGAUCACUUUUCAGUUUAUCUUCUUAUUGGUAUUAGAGAAUUAUACUCCCUCCGUUCCUAAAAGAUGUAUAUUAUAGAAAAAUAUUUUGUUCCAAAAAGAUGUAUUUUUUACCUUUUCAAUGAAUGAUUUAAUGAAAAAUUGUAAGUUUCAAAAACAAUUAAUGGUGUUUAUUGAGUUUCUAUUGGUUAAAAGUUAUGGAAAAUUGUUAUUCACAAAAAACAAUGCAUUUACAAUCAAAAUUAAAUGAGUUUUCU